AUGGCGGCAACUACGACCCCUUAUAUUGCAUCUGUCGCGGAACUUCGAGCUCAGCUCUCUUCUAUGCAAGAAUAUCAGUUCAAACGGGUGCUCUUUCUCCGUGCACGGGCACUAUUUCAUUCCGGGAAACACUCUGGCAAUCAAGCUCAAGUGAAAGAAGCAGUGGAGGGAGCACAGUGCAUUAUCGGUCCUACGGCAGCCAUGUUCUGGGAAGAUCCAGGAAAGGCAGCCAGGCAAUUCUCUCUGCUACCGGACAACUACAUCCAGCAAGUACAUGAGGAGUUACAACAGCUUGUAAGCAUCAAUAUCCAGAAACUGCCAGAGAUCAUGUUGAAGCUGGCUGAAAAACUCCAAAGCAUCGCGACCAGGCCGGAGAAUGGGGAUCGAAAGUAUCUGGAUCCAGCCAUCGAAGUCAACAAUAAAGUGACAUCACUAUUGGAGGAGAAAAGUAAAGAAUGGACUUGGACGCUCUACUACUCUGCUGGCAUGCAUCAAAGAAGAUUUUGCUACAGAAAGCAAGACGAAGACCUUGAACUGGCAUUGGAAUCAACAGUUAUGGCGCUCAGAGCAAUGCGGAAAGAGGACAAACACUAUGAAGAUUGUCUUGAUCUGCUUGUCACCAUUUACGGACAGUUGUACGAACUAGGACGUGAGCUGCGAUAUCUGGAAGAAGGCCUUCGGUUUUCCAAAACGAUCAUUAACGCCGGAAGGACAACCGCAAGAACCACCUCGGAAUGGGUCAAAGUGCUAUUUGCCCAUUCGAAUCUACUAGGGUUAGAAUCCAUUCGCGCGUCUAACAGUGACAGCUUAGACGAAGCAAUGCGCUGCCUAAGCGAAGCAGUAGCACUCAAACCUGAGGAUCGGUCACUUUGUGCAAGCUUAUCAUUCAAUUUGGGCAGACGGCACCUUGAACGGUUCUGGCGUUCUGGCAAGAAUAGUGAAGUAGACCUGGUUAAGUCACUCAAACACCAUCACCGAGCCGUCCGAUUAGCUCCUCCCGGGCACACUAGCUACGGGCAAAUUUUGAAUGGGCUGGCGAAAGUUUAUCUGGAGAGAUAUGACAGGUUUCUGGAAUGGAGUGAUCUGAUCACGGCUUUUCACCUGUCCGAAAAGGCGGCAGUUGCGGUCAAUGGACAUCCAGAGCAACAAGCUGAUGUGCUCAUCCAAUUGGCAUCUGCUUUGGAGAGAGGGUUCGAAGCUACCGGCAUCGACUCCAGAUUGGAAGCCAGUAUUCGGUUGUACAAAGAGGCAAUGUCUCUAUCUGGCCCGCCAUUAGCGACCAAGAUCUUCGCUGCGAUAUUUGCAGGCAAAGCGCAUAUCUCGAGAGGAGAUACAACCGAAGCUCGCAAGACUUUCGUUUCUGCAGUCAACAUUCUCGAGGAGCUCAACAGCCAGAUCUUGAGUCGAGACGAUCAGCAAUUUAUUCUCAAAGCAUAUGGCGGACUCUCUACAGUUGCAGCAGCGCUCACUUUAGAAGCCAAUGGCGAGCCAUGGGAAGCAUUGCGAGUUCUAGAAAAGGGUCGUGGUUGCAUUCUCAAUGUAUCUAUGGACCGGCGAGCUGAUCUAGCGGAACUGAAGGAGAAAAGCCCAGAACUCUAUCGCGAGUACGUGACUUUACGCAAUUUAGUCUCUUUGGAAGCACCGAUUCAAAACACCCCAGCGGAGCAAGAACUAGAUACAAGCAGCACAAUUCUGGCUAUCAUGAAACAUCAGGAAGAGAAAGCGCAACUAGAAAAGCGCAUCGAAACCGAGUUCGGAAUCACACCUUACCAGCUCAAUAGUCCGCAGCAGUUUCAAAAACUAGCAGAGCUUGGGCCGAUCGUCGCGUUCAAUGCAUCGGGCAUUCGAUGUGACGCAUUUAUUGUGACGUCAGGAGAGGUCAAGGCUAUCAGACUUCCGGGAGUUCGAUAUGAAGACUUGAAGAAAUAUACAGAACUCUUGAAUGGACCAAAAGCGAUUACCGAAGGACCAAUAUCUACAUUAAGAUCCCGCAACAAGGAUUUACGCAAGUUUCUGAAAUGGCUCUGGAUUCAUGCCGUCCACCCAGUUCUCCAUGAGUUAAAACUUCUUUCUCGCAGUCCUUCUGAUCAUCUGCCACGAAUCUGGUGGGUUACUAGCGGCUUACUGGGACUCGCCCCUCUACAUGCGGCAGGACUUCCAGACAAUGAGAACGAAAACACAUACAGCUACGUAGUUUCCUCCUACAUCCCCACAAUUAAAGCACUCGCUCAGGCACGCCGAAGAAGCUACCAUGUCCAUUUGCAUGGGAAAAGUCCUUUGAUGGUCAAUAUGCCAGAGACUGAUGGCUACGCUAGCAAGCUCAAAACGUCGAGAGAUGUUGAAGCAAUCAGAGCCCGUCUAACGAGUGCAGGCAGACCAGAUCUAGAAAUUCUUGAAAUACCCUCGAAAUCCCAGGUUCUAAACAAGUUGAGCAAGGCCAGCAUGGUGUAUUUCGCUUGUCACGGGGAGGUAGAUCAAAACGAUCCUGCCAACAGCGGUCUCUUGCUCAAGCAAGGCCUUGACUUCAAGCCGGAGCGCCUGACAUUUCGAGAUCUCGCUAGACACAGUACCGAAUCUGCGAAAAUGGCAUGUCUCCUGGCUUGCUACACAGCCAAAAACGGGGACGAACAUCUAACCGACGAAAUGCUCCACAUUGUCAGCGGAUUUCAGCUUGCCGGGUUCCCUCAUGUCAUCGGCUCAUUGUGGGCGGUCGACGAUGACAUCGUAAAUGCUCUCUCGGACGCCUUCGCAAAGAAAAUCUCUGAGAGUGAUGGCGAUGAUGCCGCAAUUGCCAGGGCCCUGCAUGAUUCGGUAAAUACCCAAAGGAUGGUGGGAAAGCGCACAGUCAAUCGAGAUGUGCUUGGUUGGGCACCCUUCGUCCAUUUCGGAUGUUAA